AUGGCGUUUUCUUCUCGAGCUCUGAGGGCAGAAGCGCUAUUUCUGGAAGUCACUAUGAUGACCAUCGAAAAAGCGUGCAGAAUCGCGGUCGAAACAUCGCUCGCAAAUCGACGCAAAAACGUCCUUCUCCUGACAGCCGAAAAACACCAAAGCAUCCGGAAAAAGAAGUUCGAAUUAAUAGACCUAACGACGGUGAUGACGGCUCUAAAAGACAAAAAUGGUCACUUGAAAACUUCGCGCAAAGAAAUGGAAGACCUCACAGUUGACUACUACACAAGGCUCUUCCAAAGCAGCGUAGCAGUACCAAGAUCAGCGACUCCACCAGCAGAGGAAGAACCUCCGAUCAUCGAAGAAGAAGUCGCUCACGCUAUCCGAAGGUUGAAGAAUGGAACGGCGGCCGGCCCCGAUAACAUCUCGACAGAAAUCCUCAAAUCCGGAGGCGACGCCCUGAACCGCCUGCUCGCCAAACGCUUCUCCACCUAUCUGAAAAACAACGAGAUCCCGGAGCAAUGGAAGGUCUCAAAAACCAUCUUGAUCCCCAAAAAAGGCGACCUAACCGACCUGAACAACUUCCGACCAAUAUCACUAUUAUCGGUCGUCUACAAGUUGUUUACCAAGAUCAUCGUCAACCGCCUAGAAAAGAAGCUCGACGACUUCCAACCACCGUCACAAGCCGGGUUCCGGCGGAACUUCUGCUGCCUAGAUCACAUCCACACCUUGACUCAGGUUGUGGAGCGUCAUCGAGAAUACCACCUCCCCCUGGCAUUGGCUUUUGUAGACUACCGGAAAGCCUUUGACAGCGUCGAGAUCAACGCCAUGCUGAACUCGCUCGUCGCCGCAGGAAUCCCCACGAAGUAUAUCGACCUCAUCGAAAAGUGCAACGAGGGAACGUCGACUACGAUCCAACUGUUCAAUAAAAAACUCACGAUCCCCAUCGGGAAAGGCGUUCGACAAGGAGACACAAUCUCUCCGAAGCUCUUCUCCACAGCCCUAGAAGAUGCAAUGCGUCAACUCGGCUGGGACACCAACCGAGACUGGGAAGAUGGAAACGUUAUCAAAGGCAUCAACAUCGACGGCAAGAUCUUAACAAAUCUUCGCUUCGCCGACGACAUUGUCCUCUUCGCCAACAACACCUCCGACCUGUCAUCCAUGCUCAACGAUCUAGACGCCGUCGGAAAGAAGAUCGGACUCCAGAUGAACGAGAAGAAAACGCAGUGGAUGAGGAACCGCUUCUGCGACCAAGGCAACGUCACCCUCGAAGGACGAGACCUGCUUGAAGUCAACUCCUACGUAUAUCUCGGCCGAGAAGUCAACAUGACGAACGAUUUAAAACCAGAGAUAGCAAGACGCCGACGAGCUGGAUGGGCCGCGUUUAACUCCAUAAAAGAAGUUACCAACCAGCUGAAAGACCCAAAACUGCGAGCGCAUAUCUUCGAAGCAUCCGUCAUCCCCGCCAUCUCCUACGCGACUGAAGUUUGGCCUGACACGAAGAACACCACGACCGCCCUACGAACAUCUUACCGCGCAUUGGAACGUGCGCUCCUCGGUACCACUCGCUUCGAACAGUGGAAAAAAGAACAGACGAGCACAGACCUCCGUCAGCGGUCCCAAAUCCAGGACCUCGAAGAGCACAUUCAACGCGGGAAGCAUCGCUGGGGAGGCCACGUCAUUCGCAGACAAGAUGACCGCUGGUCGACGAGAACGACCCACUGGAUCCCGAGAAACAUCAAGCGCCCACUCGGGCGCCCACCGACCAGAUGGACGGACUACUUUCGCAAGAACAUCAGUCAACCAGGCCGCCACUGGAUGACCGUUGCGCAAGACCGGGCCGCCUGGAGAACGUGUGGUCCACGCUGA